AGAAAAAUGAUACAUUUACCUUUUUCUUCCCUUUGCAAUUGCAGCUCAACCACCUGAACUGGUAACAGUGUAAUGCUGAGCUCAAAUGUCCAACACCCAAAACCCAGAAUACUAUUUUCUCAGUACAACAUAAUUCAGUAGAAAAGUCCCACAUUUCUGAUUUAAAAAUCCCCAAAUCCCCAAUUUUGUAUCACUCACAUUAAUUGAUCCCCCAUCAUCAGUGACCUCUUCUCAAUUUUCAAGUUUCGUGCACGCAAUCUCCAGUUUUUUAACAGAAAAACCCCUCAUUUUUUCAGGAAAUCUCCCGCAAAAUCGCCAUUUUUAUAUCAACGCAGCGUGGAGGAACCGUAUAUUGGUGGGUUAAGAUAACCAAUGUAAGUUUUGGUUGAAUUUGAUUAAAAUUGAGAAAUAGUUGUUCUGUUAUUGUUGAAGAAAUCGUACCUGGUUUUGUCAAUGCUGAAUUGUAUGUGUUUUUGUCAAUCUGGUUAGUGAUUAUAAUUUAAAUCAUCAACCGGGUCAUCAGAAUUUCGAGUUUGUUAUAAGCAUUAGUGUAUUUGUUGAUCUGGGUAACUAUCAUAAUUUUGUGUGGGUAAUGCUUAUUUGAAAAGAAUUAUAUAUAAACGGUUGAUCUUGUUGGAGGAAAAUGGUGGGAACUGCUGAAGUUGAGAAUCAUAAUGGGUAUCCAAAUGGGUCGGUUAAUGGAGUAUUGGAGGAGAAAUUGGAUGAGCUUCGACGUUUUCUUGGGAAAGCAGAAGGCGAUCCGUUAAGAAUUGUUGGGGUAGGGGCAGGUGCUUGGGGGAGUGUUUUUGUUGCAUUGUUGCAAGAUAGUUAUGGUCAUUUUCGAGACAAAGUUUCAAUCAGGAUAUGGAGGAGACCGGGUAGGCAAGUCGAUCGAGCAACUGCUGAACAUCUGUUUGAAGUGAUUAAUUCGAGGGAAGAUGUGUUACGGAGGCUAAUUAGGAGGUGUUCAUACUUGAAGUACGUAGAAGCUAGGUUAGGUGAUCGUACGCUGAAUGCUGAUGAGAUUUUGAAAGAUGGGUUUUGCUUGAACAUGAUUGAUACCCCUAUAUGUCCAUUGAAAGUUGUAACCAAUUUGCAAGAGGCUGUUUGGGAUGCUGAUAUUGUGGUGAAUGGUUUGCCAUCAACGGAGACCCGAGAGGUAUUCGAGGAGAUUGGUCGGUUUUGGAAGGAAAGGAUUGCUGCACCCGUCAUUAUUUCUCUGGCAAAGGGUAUAGAGGCUGAAUUGGAGCCAGUGCCGCGGAUUGUGACUCCUACUCAGAUGAUUCACCAAGCCGCUGGAGUUCCUAUGGAAAAUAUUCUCUACCUUGGAGGACCAAAUAUUGCCUCAGAAAUUUAUAACAAAGAGUAUGCUAAUGCUAGAAUUUGUGGAGCUGAGAAAUGGAGGAAGCCUCUGGCCAAGUUUCUGAGACAGCCACAUUUUAUUGUGUGGGAUAAUGGUGACCUUGUCACACAUGAAGUUAUGGGUGGGUUGAAGAAUGUCUAUGCCAUUGGAGCUGGAAUGGUUGCAGCUCUAACCAAUGAAAGUGCCACCAGCAAAUCUGUAUAUUUUGCACACUGCACAUCGGAGAUGAUUUUUAUUACACAUCUUUUGUCAGAACAACCAGAGAAACUUGCUGGUCCUUUGCUGGCGGAUACAUAUGUUACCCUGUUGAAAGGUCGUAAUGCAUGGUAUGGCCAAAUGUUGGCUAAGGGUGCACUGAGCCUUGAUAUGGGUGACAGCAUCAAGGGAAAGGGUAUGAUACAGGGUGUCUCUGCUGUGAAAGCAUUUUAUGAACUACUUGGUCAAUCCUCCAUAAGUGUGCUACAUCCUGAAGAAAAGAAGCCUGUAGCUCCAGUUGAACUUUGUCCCAUCUUGAAGACACUCUAUAGCAUACUUAUAACCAGGGACUUCCCCUCUAAGGCUAUACUUCAAGCAUUGAGAGAUGAGACAAUGCAUGAUCCCCGGGAACGCAUUGAGAUGGCACAGUCCCAUGCGUUUUACAUACCCUCGCUUCUUGGCCAGUAAAUGACAAUACUGGGUCCAGUCUUUAAGACUUCUGACGUUGCUCUUAUGACACAUUUCAUGAAUGUACGACGAACACCCCUGAGAACUAUGUUGUGUGUGUUAUCGUGCUUGCUGCCAUGCUUCAAAUACUCACGGUUGAUGAAAUGGUUGUGUGUAUGGAUUGUGAGUAUGAUGUAAUGCUGAUAAUAUUAUGAUCGGUUUAGACGAGUGAGAAGUUUGUAGUCAUGUCAAAGCGUGCAAAGGGAUCUUGUAGCUCCUGUAGGGAGCACUAGGAAUCUAGGAUAGUGGUGAUGCCUCUCUGGUUCUUUUGCAGUAGUUGAUAAUCUAUUAUCAGUUCCAUUUAUUUACUACGUAUUUGUUGGUGAGAUUUGUGCAUUGUAGUUGGAAAGAGUACUUCAGGUUUAUUCAUUAUUAUCUAAAAUGUCUCUGGGUGAAACUAAGUGUAAAAGAUAGCAAUACACUAAUACUCCGUACCAUUUUUACAAGAUAAAGGGUGAUUUUCAUUAUGAACUUA